CGCUCCGUGUUGUUGGGCCGUGGCGCUGAAAGGAGCGCUCCCAGCCGCAGGGGUGGAUGGCAAGGAGCCGGAAGAAAGAGAAGUCAGAAUAAAAGGACGUAAAGCAGAAAAGAAGAAGAAGACUAGGAGGAGGAGAGGAACGAGGAGAGGGAGAAGUCCAGAAGAGGAGAAGAAGUGAGGAGCUGGUGGAGUGACUCAGUGUGAUUUCUUUAACAGCUGCAGCGGCUGUCAGUCAAACACGAACAGACCCGUCAGGUGGGCUCAGGCCCCGCCCCUUCAGGAUGAAUGGAAGCGGCUCAGCAGGAAAUCCCAGCUCUGCCUCGUCUUGCUCACUUCCUGCCCACGCUAACGAGGGGACGCUGAAGACAGAGUCUCCGAAGAAGGACCACCAGAGCAGAGAGUCUGCCAGUGUGCCUGGGUCACAGAAGAACCAGAGGCCAGGAGGGAACAAACAGGCUAAAGAGAAAACAGACCGGCGGGAUCCUCACACGGAGAAAACCUCAGAAAAUACUCCAGAGACAAACAGGCUAAAGGCUAAAGAUUCAACUUCUUCAAAAAAUGAAUCAAAACCAGAUCGACCACAACCAGAAAACCUCUUUCCAGACCAAACCGAACUAGAUCCUCUUCCUGAAUCAACAGAUUCUGGUUUGGGGGCAGAUCAGAGGAACCUUGGAGAUUCUGUCAGACCAAAACAUGAACCUGAACCGGGUGACUCUCAGGACUGUCAAAACCACAAAGAUCUUUUUUGUGCAGAUCAGAAAACUAAAGAUGAGAAAAGAAACUCAUUUAUAACUUUGCUAACAGAUGAAAAGGAUGUCCAGAAUAAGCUCCAUAUUUGUGAGUCCAUAGAGGAGAAAAAACCUGAGAGGCUUCAGCAUUUCCAAGAUCCUCCUCACCUAAACACCCACAAGUCUCCUCCCCCUUCUCCUGCAGACCAGAAAAGACACUUGGAUCCUCCAGCUAAAAGAUCCGCCCUGGCUCCACCAGCUCCACCUCUCACCAUUGAGGCUUUCUGUGACCAGAUGCAGCCCGGCCCUGCAGGUUUUCCUUCCGGGGAGCCCAAACUGUGCGGCUUCCUGAUGAAGCAGGGUGGGCCUCUGAGGGCCUGGAAGCAGCGCUGGUUCACUUACGAGGAGAAGAAGAACCAGCUGUUCUACUACCGCACACCAAACGACGUGAUGCCGCUCGGGUGGGUGGAGCUCAGCGGUGCCACCUUCACCUACCCACUGAAGUCAGAGCCGGGUACCUUCCAAAUUAAGACACCUGAACGGACUUUCAUACUGAAGGCUGUGACCGAGGAGCUGAUGCUCUAUUGGCUGCAGCAACUACAGGUGAAGCGCUGGCAGCACCGAAUGAUGUCCAUGUGCUCAGACCCAACAAACAACAACAACAACACUGCAGAUGACUUCCUGCCAGUGUUGAAGAGCCCCAUCGGUCUGGUCGGGGAGGGGGCCGCCAGUGUGCCGAUGACGCGAAUUCCCCUCGCCAACGUGUCGCUCAAGCAUCCGCUCAUCGAGAUCCAAAACUCAGUCCACUGUCUGCGUAAGAGGUCAUCCCAGGACUGGAGUCAGAGCGUGUUUCAUGUAGAAGCUCCUCCCUGGAUUCCCCCGAACAUUGCCGACACAGUCAACACCCCCACUUCUCCAACCCUCAGCACUCCCUCUGAAUCCCCGAGCCUCUCCCCUCCCCUACCAUUGCUCAAUGCCGCUGAUCAGGCGCCCCCUACAGAUGGCAGGGAGUCACCAUCACUGUUUGAGAGUUGCAGCCGCAGGGUGAAGGCUCGCAGCGCGUCCACCUUGCCUGUCCGCCGCAGAGACAUGGCGUCUCAGUCCUCAGACCGGAUAGGCCGCUUGCAGCAGGAGAAAGAGAUGCUGAUGGAGGAGGUCAAAGCUCAGAAGGAGCUGGUGUGGAUCCUCCACAAAGCGCUGGAGGCUUCUCAGCUGGAGAAGCGAACCUGUGCCGAGUUUUUGGCAGAGGAGGAUGAGCAGGAACGUCUGGAGCUGCUCCGACACCGCGAGCGGCAGGCGGCCGACCUCCGGGGGCGGCUCGACGAGGCCAAGAUGGAGGUGGAGGUGGUGAAGAAGAGUCUGGCUGAGAAGGCCACGCAGGUCGCCGAGCUGCAGCACAACAACAGGAUGCUGAAGGAGAAGAACAACGCCAAACAGGAGGUGAUCAUAAAGCUGUCCGAUCAGGUGACAGCGUGUCUGUCAGAACCGCGGCGCCCCGACUCGUCCUCUGCCGGCCGCAUCAACUCUCAGACUCUCAGACAGCUUCGGCAGGAGAACAACAACCUCAAGGAUGACAUCGAGGCAUAUAAGACUCAGAACAAGUUUCUGAACUCUGAGAUCUACCAGCUGACCAAACUGUGGAGGAAAAGCUCAGAGCAGGAGAAAGCCCUGAUGGUGAAGUGUGCUUUCCUGGAGGCCACUAACUGUCAGGUGGAGAGCCGUUACCUGGGAGUCCUGCGGAGACUGCAGGAGAUCAAAUCUCUGCAUCCGGCCCAGCGGGAGGCCGUGCAGAAAAUGAUCGAGGACGCUCUGAAGGGAGAGCUGAAGAGAGUCACGAAGAUCAGUGUGCACAGGGAUCAUGAUGAGUACGGCUUUAAGAUCAUCCCAGACUACGAGGUAGAGGACAUGAAGCUGUUGGCAAAGAUCCAGGCACUGGAGAUUCGCUCCCACAACCUGCUGCACCAGGUCCGAGAAAUCAAAGCUUACAGCCGCUCAUCCGGGGGAGGUUAAAUAAACUCAGUGCGACACCCCCCCCAGCAGGCUAGCAGGGCCUGCUGUCACUAAUCAGGGCUAAAAAAAAAAAAAAAAAAAUCAGCCCAAACCUUUUUUCAGCUGCUCCCUUUAAGGGGGUUGCCAGAGCCAAUCAUCUGUCUCCACCUGUCUG